AUGUGGAUCCCACUCGUUUGCUUGUGCUACCUCCCUCUCGGGCCUCUCUAUAUAAACCUUGAGCUAAUCCCAUCUCAGUUUUACUCCGACAUACAGUUCGGCUUCCGACGUUUUCAAGCCCCUGCAACACGAAUCUUCGCAAAGCGGUCUGUCUUUCUCUUGCAUGUCCCGCCGAGUCCAAUUGCUUGCUGGUUGCUGUCCUGGAUGCCACAGCUCGUUAGCUCCUUGCUACAGCGAUUGCUGCCAGAGUGGUUCUUGCCGACAACUGUCAUUCUGAAGGAGCGAAAUCCCGCCAAGGCAGAUAGCUACGAAAACGAAUUAGCGGCAUACGAGCACCUUCAACAGCUCCAGGGCCACUGCAUCCCACGCUUGUUUGGCCAGGCCGCCAUCCACGACGACAGGCAGACAAGAUACCAGAUGAGCAAGCUGCCGAUUCCUGGUAUGCUUCUGGAAAAGGUCGAAGGAGUGCCGUUGCACAAUCUUCCUGCUGAGGAGCUGGGGGAUCGCCUUCUCGAACAGCUCCAGGAGACGUACAGACUCCUUACAGAGGAGGGCGUUGUUCAUGGGGACCCAAACCUUCACAACUUUGUACGUGUCAACAACGAGAGGACGGUUGCUAUCGACUUUGAGUUUUCCUACCCUCUUCCUAGUGAUGUAAGGAAUGAACACGACUUCGAGACCUUGAAAGACGAGAUUGAACGGCAAAGGAAGACGGCAGAGGGGCGGUAA